AUGAAGACCUUUACCAUCGCCAUAGUUUCUUCCAUCAUCACCCUUACCACUGCUCUCUCGCCACCCUACGAACCCACUUGCGAGACAUGCGUCUACACACCCAACGAAAACAAGUGCGACAUCACCACAUCCUGCACGUAUGUCUGGGGUCACCAAGACCCGCAUACACCCGGUCCAUACUACUGCGCUUGUCGCCAUGGAUACCGUGCGACGGGAUAUGAAGCCAACGAUAUGGAGGUCCAAUGGCGACUCCCCUGGUACGGUACGCCAAGUGGCGACCCGAGCCAGGAAGGCAGGGUGUUUGUAAAGCCUGGGGUUGAGUGUAAUACUCUCUGUGAUGAUUGGUAUCUUGGGAAAGACGGGUGCAAGGCUGUGCAGGAGAAGGAGUGGUGCAUGUAG